CCGAGAAUUCAAGUCUAUAAGGAACUUGGAUUACAUUAAUCGUUCAAAAGUAACUUGACAAAACACAAAAGGCGAAACAACAAUCAACCAAAAUUCUCUUUUUGCCUAAUAAAAAAAGCUCUAUCAUGGCUGCUUCUUCAAAGGGGCCUCAAGUGUUCAUCAACUUCCGGGGACCAAAUGUGCGCAACAGAUUUGUGGUCUUUCUCGAGCCUAUCUUGAGAGCUGCGAAUAUAAACUUAUUCGUAGACAAGGACGACGUGCUGAGCACAGAUCCGGCUAACCUUAUGGCGAGGAUCGGAGAGUCAAGGGUCGCGGUAGUGAUCUUCUCGAAGGCUUACACAAGUUCGGACUGGUGCUUGGACGAGCUGGCCAUGAUCAAGGAGUGCAUGGAUCGAGGCAGUCUCAGAGUGAUUCCUAUCUUCUACAAACAUACUACACCCUCCGUGGUGGAAGAACUUCGAGGGAAGUUUGGUGACAGUUUUAGGGUUCUAAAGCGCAAAUACCUACACGAGCCAGAAAGGACUCGGAAAUGGGAGGAGGCUUUAGAGUCUAUUUCUAAAGUAAAAGGCAUGUCCUUAGCAAAAGAAAGGAACGAAAGAGAGUUCAUAGACUCGAUGGUUAUCGAGAUUCAGAUAUUGCUGUCGCAAAUCGCCUUGAAGGGAAAUCCAAAAAUAGAAUCGAGUCACCAAGGAGGGUUUUUGGUCCCUGCAAGGAGACUUGAGAUUACUCACUCUGGGAAUCCUGAAAAAUGGGCCUGGAGUUCUAUCUACGACGAACCAUACAGAGCAGACAUUGAAAUUGCGACAAUGAUUAACGUUCACACCUUGGUUAAUAUAAACGGAGAUUUUCACACGAUGAAUUUGACAUCGGGGACAACGUACGAGGUGGUGUUUCUUGUGAGCCUAGCUGAUUCAGCUUUGGGAUGGAAGAACCCGGUGACCUUAAUGCUAAAGCUGGUCAGCGAUGGAAGCGAGAAGAAGGAGCACGAUAAGGCAUCGUGCUUGAACGACUACAUAGGAGACGAUUGGGUGGAGAUUCCUGUCGGAGAAUUUAAGGCGCCGCCGAAGAAAGACGACGCAAAGAUCUUUUUCUCGAUGCAUCAGUAUGUGGACUCUGACCCUAAGAGUGGGCUUGUGGUCAAAGGUGUUGCAGUUCGUCCCGUGGAGUAAUGCACAAGAGAGCAAAAGCAUAUUGGAUCUAUCAACAUUUAUGUUUCAUUCCAAAUAAAAUAAAAUGCAUGUCUAUUUCUGGUUUAAAGUUUGUACUCUGUUAUUGUUUUUUGUAAGACAAAGUUUUUUUUUGUUGUUUAUUGGGUCAAAAUAUUAAGUUGUAAGUAUAACAC